GCAGCGUCCUUUGCAGCAUGCGCUCUCGUGAUUCUUCCCGUCCUUUUGGCGGGAGCUUUCCGGGACUUUCUGCGCUUCGUCGCCGCUUCCCCGCCUGCGGAACUGCUAUGUGCGGUAGCAGGUGUACUCACUGCCAUCCUUGCCUUUGCGUUCCUUUGGCAAGG